GUCCUCAUGAAGCUCGUGUGUUGAUAUAUUAUAUUUAUUUUCUUCAAACACAUAAUAUUGCUAUAAUCCUCUUCCCCUAUUUAAAAAUGCAAGAGGAAUGGCGAUCACCACCGAAAUCUCAGCAAUGAGGCCGAAGAGAGUCUCCGGCGCCUGCAUGGCUCUUCUCACCCUUUUCAUCCUCUUCGCAUUCGUAUCCAUGGCUCCAGCCCGCGUUAAGUGGUCGGAAGUGGUGGGACUUAAGCCGGAUUUGGCCGAGAAGAGGAUUCGGAAAGAUAUGCCUACAGCCAAGUUCCAGGUGCUCAAAGUGGGUCAAGCUGUCACCAUGGAUUUCAUCCCAUGGCGCGUUCGGAUCUUCGUUGAUUCGUCGGGGAACGUUGCCAGAAUCCCCGUAGUUGGGUAAGCAAGCAUCGAGUAAUAUGGGAAUUUUUAGUCGCGUGAUAUGAUUAUAAAAAUAUCUAUGAGAUGUAUGCUUAAAUAAAGAACUUGGCAUGCGAUGGGAACUCUUGAAAGGGCAACCACACAUCAAGAUCAGGCUAUGCUCCCUGGAGUGUAUACCUUUUACUGGAAGUUUUGAGCAUGUGUAUUCUUAGAGAACAAAGAUAUAAUUAAAUAAUAUAUCAUGUAUUUACAUUUCCUGUAUCUAGACUAGUAUGUGGCCGUGGGCCAAGUCUUUAAAUAGACUAGACAUAUGUACUGCUAUGAGAUCAUGAUAAUAAAACUUUUCCUGUCUUUCUUUCA